AGGAGGUGCUGCGGGGCGGGAGCUCACGGAUCAGUGUGCGCGUGUGCCCUUCGUCUGUGUGUGUGCUUGUGCGGGUCUGUGUGAGUGUGUGUGAGUGUGUGUGUACGCGCGUUAUCCCCUCCCUCACAGCGAGCGCGAGCUACGGAGAGAAGAGACGGAGCAGAGUAAACGGCUGUCGGUGUGAACGUGAACGGACUCCGCUGUUUACUGCUAGUGUUGUUGCAGAGAUCGGAGUGCGUUCGGUUAAUGUUUUCGUUCCGCGCGAGGAUGAGGACAAUGAGCGUGUAAGUGAACUAAACCCACCGGAACACGGAUCUGCUCGCUAGAGGAAACUCCAGUUUUUGGAUCGUGUGUGAGUGAGUGAGAGAGAGAGAGAGAGAGAGAGAGAGAGAGAGAGAGAGAGAGAGAGAGAGAGAGUGGACGAGUCUUCGCUAUAACGGAGCGGCGGAGCGACAACACGGUCCCCACAAUGAGUGAAAACGACUGACUGAAAAAGGGUGACUUUUUAUUGGUGACUCCGAAGGCUCGAAGCGUUUCUGUGCUCCGAGAUCUGACGGACGUCCGAUCACGACCUCUGACAUACCGCCAGUCAUCCAAUCAGAACUGCAAAGUCGAGAUUCACCAAUUAGAAUUAUUGGAGCCUACCAAGAUUUCUCAGCUGAGACAUCAGUAACAAGCUGAGAACCUCCAGUGGCCCAGUCAGAACCAGUGUGAACCUCCAGUGGUCCAAUCAGAACCAUUGAGAACCAACAGUAGUUCAGUCAGAACUAUUAGGAACCACCAGUGGUCCAAUCAGAACUAUUAGGAACCACCAGUGGUCCAAUCAGAACUAUUAGGAACCACCAGUGGUCCAAUCAGAACUAUUAGGAACCACCAGUGGUCCAAUCAGAACCACUGAGAACCAACUGUAGUUCAGUCAGAACUAUUAGGAACCACCAGUGGUCCAUUGAGAACGAACAUUUAUGUAAGCAGGACCAAUAAACUGAACCAUUUCUACAAAAGCUCUAUCACUUCUACCAGUUCAUCAAUCCUCUGAACCACCAAUCAGAUCCAUCACUGUAUACCAAGAAGCACCAUUUCUUCAAUCAGAGAACAUCUGGAACCAGUUCGUUUGGGUUUUUUUCCAACAUCUGGAACUAUCAGUCAUCUAAUCAGGACCGUCGCCGUCCGACCGGAACCAAAUACGGUCGGCAGAAAUUUUCUGAUUUCUAUCCAGUCAUAACAAGGAUACCUGGAGAAAUGGGUGGGGCUAAAGUCCUACUCAUGAUGCUGGUGAUUGGUCUGGAAAAUGUGAACUGUGUGAACUGGAACCCGAUCCCACGCAAGACCAUCCGAUAUCACGAAGUGAUUGACAGCAUGGCGCGUUUCCGGUCAGUGGGUGUGUUUAACUACACCAUGUUGACUCUGUCAGAGCACGAGCGUGUCCUGUACGUCGGCGCCAGAGAGACGCUAUUCGCUCUUGACCCCAAUGACAUCACACGACAGCUCCGCCCACAGAUUGACUGGCCGGCCCCUGUGGAGAAGAAGAAAGAGUGUGCUGAGAGAGGAAAAAACAACCAGACGGAGUGUUUUAACUACAUUCGGUUCCUUCAGGGUUACAAUCACACUCACAUGUACACGUGUGGAACCUAUGCCUUCCAGCCCAAGUGCACCUACAUCAACGUGGAUCAUUUCACUCUGAACAGCGCCACCCUGGAGGACGGGAAGGGCAAGUGUCCCUAUGAUCCAGCUAAAGGCCACACCGGCCUCAUCGUGGAUAAGGAGCUGUACUCUGCCACUCUGAAUAAUUUCUUGGGCACGGAGCCGGUGAUCCUGCGCAACCUGGGACUGCAGCACUACAGCAUGAAGAGCGAGUACCUGCCGUCCUGGCUCAACGAGCCGAACUUUGUGGGGUCUGCUCUGGUGCGUGAGAGCAGGAACAGCCGUGAGGGAGACGAUGAUAAAAUCUACUUUUUCUUCAGCGAGAGAGCCGUGGAGCUCGACUGUGACGGAGACCUGACUGUAGCUCGAGUGGCCCGUGUGUGUAAGGGUGACCAGGGGGGAACUCGGACACUACAGAAGAAGUGGACAACGUUUCAGAAGGCUCGUUUGGUUUGUUCCCUGCCCGAGCGCCACAUCACCUUCAACCACCUUCAGGCCAUCUUCACCAUGCAGGGAGCUGAUUGGAGGAGCACAGUCUUCUACGGAGUUUUUCACGCCCAGUGGGGGGACGUGGACGUCUCGGCCGUGUGUCAGUACCACAUCGGAGAGGUGAAGAGUGUGUUCGAGGGCCCGUAUAAGGAAUACGAGGCGUCUCAGAGAUGGGGGAGAUACACCGGGGUCGUCCCGAACCCACGGCCCGGAGCGUGUAUCACUAACUUUGACAGAGAGAACGGCUAUAACAGCUCGCUGCAGCUGCCGGAUGCGACGCUGAACUUCGCUAAGAAGCAUCCGCUGAUGGAGCUGAGGGCCGAGGCUCGACCCCUGAUGCUCACCAAGGGAGUGAACUUCACACGGAUCGCGGUGGACCGAGUGAACGCCCUCGACCAGAGAGCGUACAGCGUGCUCUUUAUUGGAACAGCUGAUGGAUGGCUCCAGCGAGUGGCGAUUGUUGGGUCUGAGGCUCAUGUGAUUGAGGAGAUCCAGCUGUUUGAUUGGCCGCAACCAGUCGAUAGUUUGACCAUCUCACACAGCAAGAAGUACCUGUACAUCGGCUCUCGGUCUGAGGUGUUACAGUUGCCCUUGGCUAACUGCAGUCGUUAUCACUCACAGCCGGACUGCUGGCUGUCCCGAGAUCCGUACUGCGCCUGGGACAGCGAGGGACGAGCCUGUGUCCGCAUCGACCUCCACCGCGGCUCCAUGUCCACUCUCACUCAGGAUCUGAUGCUGGAGAGAUUCAAUCGAGGGUCAAAGGCUAAGUUUGAUAAGCCGGUGUCGAUCCCCAGCCCAGAACAUUCCCGGCUGAGGAACGUGACCGUGGUGGUGGGUUCGGACCUGGUUCUGCCAUGCCAGCUGGUAUCAAACCUGGCACAUCCCUCGUGGGCACUGAACGAGCGCGAGUUGUUACUCUCAUCGGAGUCGGACACUUUGAGUCCCCGUUUCGACCGCGCCCUUCGUGCCUUGGUCAUCCCACAGGCGGGCGCGUCCCAGACCGGACGCUACGUGUGUUACUCGGAGGAGCAGGGAGUAAAGUUCCAGACAGAGCGCUACCAGGUGGCUGUGGUGGCCAGCGCACCUGUGUUUAUGGAAGCGCGGGCGCCGGAUGCCAGCAUGGGGCUGUUCUGGGUGCUGGUGAUCGCGCUGGGUGUCACAUGUCUAGUGCUGCUCGCUGGCGCUCUCUACCUGCGCCGAAGGCUGAAAUUAGCACUGGGGAAAGCGGGAACUGCUGAGAUGAAGCCGUUAGAAAGCACGCUGGUCUACCCGAUAACGCUGCCCAAGGAGACGCCAAGCUUUGUGCCCAGUAAGAUGCCCACCAGCUCAAACAAUGACGAGGAUCGCUUCUGGGAAACCGGCGCCAAUUUUUACUACUCUGACGGAUCGUUGAAGAUUGUGCCUGGACACGCUUCUUCGUCCUCGCCGAGCGCCAUUCCUGGUCAGCCACUACACUCGCCCAGCCGCCUGAGCCUCACCAACAUCCGGAACUCCGGCACCAACGGCUACGUCCGACUCAGCCUGAGCGUGGCGGGUGAGGACCGGGCGAACGGAGGGAUGAGUGCAGGAGGAGUGGGAGGGGUUGGUGGAAAGAUGGGGAUCGGAGCCAGGGAGAACGACUACACAAGUCCCUUCAAGGAGGAGCUACGGAGGACACUGCAGCAGAGAAGCGUCCUCCCUGAUGCCAACCCCGAAGAGUCAUCAGUCUAGAGCACAAACAGAGACACCAAACAGUCACCUACCUCCCUCCUUCACGGAGAAACAUCCUUCCUCUCUCUCUUUCAUUAUUUUCCCUACCUUCCAUCAGACCCAUCUUCUAUCUCUCUCUCUCUCUCUCUCUCUCUCUCUCAGCUAAUGUCAUCAACCCAAUCCAGCAGCUGGCUUGCUAAUGCUAACAGCUAACGCUCAUAUACAGAGUGCAUCAUGAUCUCUCCAUCAAAAUGUUUUUCGUUUCAUGAUGACGGCUAACCGAUUAAAGGCUACAAACUAUUUUUGGCUAGGUUUAGCUGUCACUCAAACACGUGGGAGGAGUCACACCGAUUCGCGUUCCGUCUCGGGACGCGGGAGGGGAGGAGCGGAAAAAAAAAAAACGGGGAAACCUUCCAGCAAGACGACAAUCAUACUUUUUGCAACAAAAAAGUGUGAAAAAGACGAGAGAAGACGAAGUAAAUGAAGGGAGCUGCAACAGAAAGCAACCAACAGACUGUCAGGCUUUUAUAUAAAAAAAACAGCUCGUCUAUUUUACGAUUUUUUUUUUCUUCUGAGAAUGUCUUCGGGCUCAAAGCACUAAUAUAUUGUGACCUUUGUAAUUUAAAGAUUUUUGUCCUACGUAUUUCUGGAACGUUCGGGGUGACGGUGAAGGACGUGGGGACGUUUAUCUUUCUGUCCUUUAUCUCAGACUCGUGAUAUGAACGGAGCCGAGCGUUUGACUCGGAUAAACUGAAGAACUUUGUUUGUGCUGAACCGCAAACUUUACUGUAACUUUACUGUAAAAAAAAAGACAUUUCAACAAGUGCAUUUCUGCAUUUAAACCACUUCUGGGUGUUUCCUUCACCGUGGAUAAACUGACCCUCACCCUGAUUGGACACCAAAAGCUGCACUGCUGCAGCGUUAUCCAAUCAGAGGCUGCGUCCGAUUUCACGCAGAGUCUCGCACCUUCAGAAGCAAAAGACGAGCACGCUUUCUCCUUUUCACAUUUUUUGCUGAACCAGAUGGAGACGCGUGUCAUCCAUCCGUGAGGGUACUGCAGCCGGCUCCACCACCGCUCGCUACUUUCCUGCAUGAAGCUUGACAAAUAUCGUUGUUUUGUUUUUGAUUUGUUUUGUUUUUUUCUCCAAAGUGCAAAAGUUCACCAAGUCUUACUCACGACUCAGACUUUUCGGAAAAAAAAAAAAAAAGAGAGAGAAAAAAAAGAAAAAGACAUCGUGAUUUGUUUUGGUUCAUUUCACUGUGCCUCUUCAGCAUGGGCUAAAGCCAAAGUAGACUGCAGAUGGUUUUAUCUUCUCCUUCUGAUAUUCAUUUCUUUUUUUUUUUCUUAUCAUUAUUAUUAUUAUUAUUAAUAUUAUUAUUAUUAUUGUUCUUUCUUAUUUAAGUUUGGAGUCCGUCCACUGCACAGAAAAGGACUGUUCUGCUACCCGAGCGUCCCUGAGUUGUUUGCUUUGUCAUUAAUCUCUUUUUUGAUGGAGAAAAGUUGAUAUGUGGCAUGACAGCUUUAAGGUGUUUUUUUUUCCCCCCAAGCAGCUCUCUGUUCUGUUUGCCCGAUAUCAAAUACGAUGAAAAGAGAAAAAGAAAAAGACAGAAACUGUAACGGAGAAAUGAAAAGGUAGCUGAGAAUUUUUCACAGAAGAUUAGCGUUUCUUAAUUCGUCGGACGCUCCGUCGUUCGUGCACGAGCUAAAAAUAUCGAACAGAUUUCUCAGGGUGGAGCUUUUUAAACAUCUUAAGGAUCGACGCUGGCUGCAGGCGGGCGUGUGCCGACCGACGGCUGCCCGGUAAAACUGCAUUAAUGUUUAAUAACAGUGUUAGUUUAGGUGUUUACGUUCGGGGGAAAAAAACAACACGUGUUUUUUUUUUCCCUCUCGCACCACAGCAGCUUGUCAAUGAUCACAAUGAAUUAAUUAACAAAAUUAGACUUAGGAGGUCACAUUAAUAACAUUUUAAAAAACGCAGCUUGUCACGUUACUGAAAAUAAACUCAGACUCUUCCAAAUCGCUGACGCUGGAGCAACGAAACGUUUGGCAGGCUGACGAUCGCUAGGGUUUUGACAGCUUACAAGUCCCUGUAGGCGAGCUGUUGCUAUAGAAACAGUUGGAAUGUUUUAGCCUAGUGGUUAAGGUGUUGGUCAACCAAUCGGAAGGUUGAGUUCAAAUCCCAGGUCCACCAAUCUAGCACCUCUGGGCCGCUGAGCAAGGCACUAAGCCCUCAAUUUCCCAGUCGUAUAAAACGAGAUAAAAAAGUCGCUCUGGAUAAGUGCGUCUGCUAAAUGUCGUAAACUCAACGAAAUGUAAACGACGACGUAUUAGAACCAGCGCAUUAACGUUACACCUGUAACAACGUCCCAGCUGCCGUAACAGAAAACGAGCCUCUCCGGACCAACCAGAUUAGAGAAUAUUCGACAGCUGCGUGGUCUAAUUGUGUUUCUAAUCGCACGAGAACGCAAAACGGCUACAGAGUCCCUUAACCGCGUUAGCGUUUGAACGAACAAAACGGAAGCGCCUCACGUAGCGUGCAAACAUUCCAAAGCAGACGGUUUUCUAAAUUAGAAAGUGUAUUAAAAUCGUAGCAAAACCAGAAAAGUCCUGCAACAAACACAGGACCUAGAAGACUUUGGCGGUCACCAUGGCAACCUGGUGGAUACGGAUACCGCCUGUAAUCUCGGAGAUGUACAAAAGGUACGCAGGAGCUACAAGAACACAGAAAGACAAUUAGACACUAAGUGUAACUUCAGUCUUGUGAAAUAAAAACAACACCAAAAACGCCUACGCUAACUGACUACAGUACGUGGUGGGGGGUGGGGGGAUGUCCAAAAAAAUAUCGUAACGAAAUUGUAAAACGUAGCAUUGAACGCGAUUAAAACGUAGCAUCGAACACCCCACUGCAUCCCUCAGACACUUCUCCAAAAUAAGACUGACUUUAAACUCAAGUGGUCUUUAACAGGAAGUUAAUUAGGACGUGUUACGGUGCACUCGAAGGGUUCCAGGCCAGAACGGAACUCGGGCGUGUCUUUCGUCGGCUGUUACAGAGCUACCGACUUUUAAGUGCCCUGCGUUUACUUUUGAAGAAGUAAUAGUGGUGCGGUGCACUUAAAGUGUUUCAUUUGCCCCCUGUUUAUAAAAUGACUAUUCUAAAGUGCACUACAUACUCCUGAACAUGAUGGAGUGCACUUCAUGCAGGAUUAAGACACAGCCCGUGUUAAAGACUUCCAUAGAUCUGGUCUACGUUUACAAGAUGGCUUCAAAGGUUAGCAAGUGCACUAUAUGCUGCUGAUACCAAGUGGAGGAUUAAAACACAGCCCAUGUGCGAAAUACAGACUGGCCACUUUUAUAACUGUAAUGACUUUCACACACACACAGACACACACACACACACACACACCGCAUGGCCUGUGUCGUGUUAUAGAGACACUGUUUCUGCUCUUCUUUUGUGGCCAAAUGUUAAUCUGCUCUUUUAUGGUUCCUUGUUCGUUCGUUUUUUGUUUUUUUUUUACUUUUUUCUGCCUGCUUUCUUAUUAAAUGUGUCUUGUGUUGUUUUUUUGUUUGUUUGUUUUUUUUUACUAUUAUUUUUAUUUUAUAAUUUUAAGUAUAAUGUUUAAGUAACUUAUUUCACCUGUACAAAACUCCAAAUGUCGAUAUUUAUUAUUAAUGUACAUAUUUCCUUAUUUUUUAUAUAUGUACAUAUUCACAUGAAAUAAAGUUCAAUUCACUAAGCGUGA